CCAACAUGAAGCAGCUGCUGGGGCUCACUGUGCUACUUGGGGCCUUUCUGCUCAGCAGCUCCGCCCCUCCGACCUGCUACUCGAGGGUGUUGUCUUUGGGGAAGGAAAUCACAGAAAGUUACAUGAAUCUACAGAAAUCCCAAAUGGUGGAGCCAUGUGUGAAGACCCUGCCCAGGCUGUAUCUGGACAUACAUAAUUACUGUGUACUGGCAAAACUGAGAGAGUUUGUAGCAUACCCCCAAUGCCGGCGAGUGCCUCAAGUGACUGCUCUGAAGGAUAAAGCCCGGAGCCUGUACACCAUCAUGACCUCCUUCUGCAGAAGGGACUUGGUCUUUCUUAGUGAAGACUGCAAUGCUCUGGAAAUUCCAGUGCUUUCCCCUACCAAUCCUUCAGCCAUUCAGAAGUAGGAUUCCUGCCUAGCCCAGGAAAUGUUUGGAAAGAGACCA